AUGCUGCAGGCCACACCGCCGCCUUCUGCGGCAGCCCUCCUUAACCGUGAGGCGGCGGAGCUGGACGGGAACGUCGUUGCUUAUGAGGGCUGUGGCGAUGAUGACGACAGGGCGACACUUUUGGCCUUUGACGAGGGCAGCGACACGGGGACGUGCUCGACGCACACUGCACUUCUCUCGGACGGCGCGGAAGAGGAGGUGGAGGGGAGAGGCGAUGCUCCGUGCGGCGCCGUCUUCGGCGCCGCACACGAUGUGGAGGUGGCUCACUGCGGCGGAAGUCAACCACCACAGCCGCUGUCGAGUACUCUCAACAAACCCCCGCCAACGUCGACCCCAUUUCAGGAGAUUCACCUCGUCCGGAGCGCAGCGCCACUGCACCCGCACCCGCCGGAAGGAGAGGGAGCCGUCGCUGAGGCAGUUGGGUUCCCGCAGCUGUGCGUGUCCUGGGAACUGUGUGCCGGAGCACAGGCCUUGGGCGCGGUUCAGCAGUUUCUCGUUCCUGCCGAAGGGGAGGUGUGGUGGGCCUCCACGGGUGCGCCCCCGCCCCCGGCGAGGCUCACGUGCGUGUACCAAGUUGGGCGCAGCGAGAUUCCUGAAGCGCUCGGCGCUUUAAAACUGCCCCAGUCACGCUACUCGGUGUCCCGCAUGCACUGUGAGGUGCGGCUGCAUUUCCGUCUGACGCCGAAUUCAGUCGCUCAGAUCCAAAACACCGCCACACCGCACGGCCGCGUCUACAGCUGGAGGUCCUUCGAUGUUGUGGAUUGCUCUUCAGCCAACGGAACGCUCUACCACGCGGUGAGGCUGUUGCCGUCGCACCGCUACAGCUUUUCGGUCGAAGGCGGGGUGCGCUCGGUGGAGCUCAUGCUGGGGGACCAUUACCUUUUGCGCGUGCAGCCGCGCGAUGCCGCCGCGACGGCGUCGGCGGAGCCUCCAGCCCACCACCGCGACGCCGCAAAGCCGGCUGAGAGGGCCGAUGCAGCGGUGCAGUGGACGACGUCCCCGGUACGAGUCACACGGCGCGCGUCGCCUCAGCCGCGGCGACAGGCCAAGAAGCCCGUCACCCCUGCCAAGCGCCAGCGCACCGCACAGCGAAGGAAGCGCGUGGGAUUUAAGGACGACGCCGCGCCAUUCAUUCGCCCUCCUUGCGGCGGCGUGGAAGCCGGGGCGAAUGGGGCGUUAACGAUUGUGACGACCGGAAUACGACUCACCCCGGCAAAGCAGAGCAAACUUCGUGUUUUGGGAAUUGUGGCGAACCCUGCCAUGACGGAGUUUAGUCGUGCAAAAGUCCUUGUGAUUGAGGCCCCGCUGAUGCGGAGCGUGAAGCUCUUGACGGCGUUACCGUACGUGCAGCACAUCGUGCACAGAGGCUGGCUAGAUGCCGUCCUCGCGUUGGCUUCGAAGGCGGCCCCAGCGUCGUCGUCGUCGUCGCCGUCGUCCCCAUCGCAUUUCUCCGACCCGGCGUUGUUCCCCUACUCAGAGCGACGCACGCGGCGCAGUAUCGAAACCGCAAACGGCUUUUCUCUAGAGGAGCUGAUGCAGGUCCCUCUUAGCCAGCGUCAGGCCCUUUUUGCUGGCCAGCUCUUCUGGGUACACCCCGAGGCGGAGCCGCAAGACCCGCCCGACAAUGACCUCAGCUACGUCAUUCUUGCCUCCGGUGGGGCGCUCACGAAGAGUGCGAGCAGCGCCACAGUUGCGGUGAUGCCGCGGGUGACUGUGACGAGCUCCAUGUGGCGUCAAGCGUCGGCCUGUCCUCAGGAACCGCUCUGCAUUUUUGUAGUUCCCAACGAUGUCUUUCGUGCGGUGCUGCAGCAGCGUCGGCCGACGAGGUCUACGGUGCGGUGCCCGGUGGGUGUCAGCGUCCUGCCACCAAGCUCGGUGGCUGCCAAGCCCCGGGAAAAGCGUCAGCCCCCGUUUUCACGCGACUCCACAAGGGCGUCAAAGAGCCGCUGCCUAUGA